UAUACUACGUAGCUCUUAUCUUCAUUUCCCACGUGGGACUCAUAGUUUCCAAUCUCUAUAGCCUCAGUUCUCAUUUUUUGUGUAGAGAGCUCCUGAAGCCUUUACACCCAAAAAUAUAUCAGUAGAAAUUCAAAGUUCAAUGGCGUCGACGGUGGUUGAGAAAGCUCGUAAAGUGGUCUGUGUAACCGGUGCCGGUGGCUUCAUAGCUUCUUCCCUUAUAAAGCUUCUCCUUUCAAAUGACUAUAUCGUCCACGGCACUGUUCGACAACCCAACGAUGCUAAGUAUGCUCAUUUGAAUAAACUCGAUAAGGCAUCUGAGAAUCUCAAGCUAUUUAAGGCUGAUUUGUUGGAUUAUGGUUCUUUGGUUUCUGCAAUUCAUGGCUGUAGUGGAGUGUUCCAUGUUGCUAGUCCUGUUCCCCCAGCUUCAGUCCCAAACCCAGAGGUUGAACUGAUUGAGCCUGCUGUGAAUGGCACACUAAAUGUGCUCAAAGCUUGUGCUGAAGCGAAAAUUGAACGAGUGAUUUACGUGUCUUCAAGUGCUGCUGUGGCCUUGAAUCCCAACUGGCCCAAAGAUCAAGUCAUGGAUGAAACAUGCUGGUCUGAUAAGGAUUACUGCAAAAGAACUGAGAACUGGUAUUGUUUAUCUAAAACACUAGCAGAAAGUGAGGCUUGGGAGUUUUCGAAGAAAACUGGGCUUGACGUUGUGGCUAUCUGUCCGACACUUGUUUUUGGACCGAUUCUACAGUCCAAUGUGAAUUCAAGCACCUUGGUUCUCCUUAAACUUUUGAAAGAAGGGUAUGAUUCCAUCGAAAACAGACUGCGCGUUAUAGUAGAUGUACGCGAUGUAGCUGAUGCAAUUCUUAUGGGGUACGAGAAGCCUGAGGCUGAAGGAAGAUACAUAUGUACAUCUCACUUAAUCAAGGCAAAGGAUUUGGUGGACAAGCUGAAGAGUUUAUAUCCUAACUACAAUUAUCCCAAGAAGUUUACUGAAGUUGAGAAUGACUUGAAAUUGAGCUCUGAAAAGCUGCAGAAGCUUGGUUGGAGUUCUCGACCACUAAAUGAGACUCUAACCGAUUCUAUUGAAAGCUACCGCGCAGCUGGACUAUUGGAUUGAAAAAAGACUAAUCACAGUUUCCACAAAAGCACAUAUUGUCUAAAUAGCAUUUUAUAGUUGUGAUUACAGACUAAAGAGUGUUCUUGUUUGUUUAAUAAAGUGUUUGAGACAAGUAAUGUUGUUUAGCUUUGUGAAGUGUGUGAUCCCUCUUUUGUGUUUGUGUAAUAAGUAAAAGAUAUCAUUGAAAGAAACUUGAGUUGUUUCUUAUGCCAAAGGCUAUUCAUAAGCUUUGUUAUUAAGUAAAAAUUAAGUCUGCAAGAAA